AUGACGACGAGAAUGGGCACUCUCAACCCUACGCUGCUCAGAAGCAUUUCGUUCCUCUGCGUGCGGGUCCAGCACCGGCGUCUGGGCCUUGGGCUGGUGGGCCCGAGUGGUAGGGCGUGGUGCAGCGGCGCGAGCGAGUCGACUCGGGCGGCGGGGCCGGAGGGUGUAUUAUCCUCUGCGGACAAGUCCACGCUGAGAGGAGUGCUGAGCGUCAAGGAGGCGCCAAAGUACCCGAGGUGGGACGACCCCGACUACUGUAAAUGGAAGGAUAAGGAAGGGGAGAUUCUGAACGACAUCGAGCCCCUCGUUUUGCUCGCCAAGGAGAUUCUCCAUUCUGACAGGUAUAUGGAUGGUGAGAGCCUUUCAGCUGAAGAUGAAAAGGUUGUGGUGGAAAGGCUUCUUGCUCAUCAUCCGCAUUCUGAGGAUAAAAUUGGCUGUGGAAUUGAUUCUAUCAUGAACAAGAUACUGGCAAAAAAAGAAAAGAAGCUUAAUUAG